AUGGAGGCGCGCGCCCUGGCCGAGGCGGACGCCGCCGGCCCCCAAGAAGGACCCGCGGAGCCCACCGCGGGCGCGCCCGAGCCUGAGCCUCUCGCCUACCGGCCGGACGACUUCCACAUGCGGGCCACCGUGGGUACAGGGACGUUCGGCCGCGUGCAGCUCGUCCAGGAGAAGACAAGCAAGCAUUUCUUCGCCCUGAAGAUGAUGACCAUCCCCGACAUCAUUCGCCUGAAGCAGGAGCAACACGUCCACAACGAGAAGUCGGUGCUGAAGGAAGUCGACCACCCUUUCCUGGUCAAACUGUUCUGGACGGGCCAUGAUGACCGAUUCCUGUACAUGCUCAUGGAGUUCGUGCCGGGCGGCGAGCUCUUCAGCUACCUGCGGAACCGCGGCCGCUUCUCCAGCAACACCGGGCUGUUCUACGCGGCCGAGAUCGUCUGUGCCAUCGAGUACCUGCACUCCCGGGACAUCGUCUAUAGGGACCUGAAGCCGGAGAACAUCCUGCUGGACAGAGACGGCCACGUCAAGCUCACCGACUUCGGGUUCGCCAAGAAGCUGGUGGACAAGACGUGGACCCUCUGUGGGACCCCUGAGUACCUGGCCCCCGAGGUCAUUCAGAGUAAGGGCCACGGCCGAGCAGUGGACUGGUGGGCACUUGGCAUCCUGAUAUUCGAGAUGCUCUCAGGGUUUCCUCCGUUUUUUGAUGACAACGCCUUUGGCAUCUAUCAGAAGAUUCUUGCUGGCAAGAUAGACUUCCCCAGACAUUUGGAGUUCAGCGUCAAGGACCUCAUCAGGAAACUGCUUGUUACUGACAGAACGAGGAGGCUGGGAAAUAUGAAGAACGGAGCCGAGGACGUAAAACAGCACCGGUGGUUCCGGCUCGUGGACUGGGGCGCAGUCCCCGAACGGAAGCUGAAGCCCCCGAUUGUCCCCAAGCUGUGCAGUGCGGACGAUACCUCCAACUUCGAAACGUAUCCUGAGAACGACUGGACUUCUGCCCCGCCGGUGUCACAGAAAGAGCUGGAUGUCUUCAAGAAUUUCUGAGCUCGGGACUCCCCGCCUGGAAGUCACAGGGUGAUCUGAGCCUGCCUGGGACACACGGUGGCCCCCAUGCCGACCCGAGGAAGCAUCUGUCUUCUUCUUGGAGUAAGGAUGCUUCCGCAUUUGUAUACGCCUAGAUGUGUAUAAAGAGAUUGCACAGCUGUUGACGUC